AUGCCGGACCAGAUCUCCGUGUCGGAAUUCGUGGCCGAGACCCAUGAGGACUACAAGGCGCCCACGGCCUCCAGCUUCACCACUCGCACGGCCCAGUGCCGGAACACGGUGGCGGCCAUCGAGGAGGCUUUGGAUGUGGACCGGAUGGUUCUUUACAAAAUGAAGAAAUCCGUGAAAGCAAUAAACAUCUCUGGGCUGGCUCACGUGGAAAACGAGGAGCAGUACACCCAGGCUCUGGAGAAGUUUGGUGGCAACUGUGUGUGCAGAGACGACCCGGAUUUAGGAAGUGCGUUCCUGAAGUUCUCAGUGUUUACAAAGGAGUUGACAGCGCUUUUCAAAAACCUGAUUCAGAAUAUGAACAACAUAAUCUCCUUCCCUUUGGACAGUUUGCUGAAGGGGGACCUGAAAGGAGUAAAAGGGGAUCUGAAAAAGCCUUUUGAUAAAGCGUGGAAGGACUAUGAAACAAAAAUAACCAAAAUAGAAAAGGAGAAAAAGGAACAUGCCAAGCUCCAUGGGAUGAUUCGUACUGAAAUAAGCGGGGCCGAAAUUGCUGAGGAGAUGGAAAAGGAGAGGCGGUUCUUCCAGCUACAGAUGUGUGAGUAUCUGCUGAAGGUCAAUGAAAUCAAGAUUAAAAAGGGAGUGGAUUUACUUCAAAAUCUGAUCAAAUAUUUUCAUGCCCAAUGCAAUUUUUUCCAGGACGGACUGAAAGCAGUGGAAAGCCUCAAACCUUCCAUUGAAACACUUUCAACAGAUCUUCACACUAUCAAACAGGCCCAGGAUGAAGAAAGAAGGCAGUUGAUACAGCUUCGAGAUAUUUUAAAGUCAGCACUGCAGGUUGAACAGAAGGAGGAGUCACAAAUUCGCCAGAGUACAGCUUAUAGCUUACAUCAGCCUCAGGGAAACAAAGAGCACGGAACCGAGCGGAAUGGCAACCUCUACAAGAAGAGCGAUGGGAUCCGAAAAGUGUGGCAGAAAAGGAAAUGUUCAGUUAAAAAUGGUUUUCUGACCAUCUCCCAUGGUACCGCUAACCGGCCUCCUGCAAAGCUCAACCUGUUAACCUGCCAAGUGAAGACGAACCCCGAGGAAAAAAAGUGUUUUGACCUUAUUUCACAUGACAGGACAUACCACUUUCAAGCAGAAGACGAACAGGAGUGUCAAAUAUGGAUGUCUGUGCUGCAAAACAGCAAGGAAGAAGCUUUAAACAAUGCAUUUAAGGGAGAUGACAAUACGGGAGAAAAUAACAUAGUCCAAGAACUGACAAAGGAGAUCAUCUCAGAAGUGCAGAAGAUGACAGGCAACGACGUGUGCUGCGACUGCGGGGCGCCAGAUCCUACAUGGCUUUCCACCAACCUGGGCAUUCUGACCUGCAUCGAAUGUUCUGGAAUCCACAGAGAGCUGGGGGUUCAUUACUCCAGGAUGCAGUCCCUGACCUUAGAUGUAUUGGGAACAUCUGAGCUGCUGCUUGCCAAGAAUAUUGGGAAUGCAGGCUUUAAUGAGAUUAUGGAGUGUUGCCUGCCCGCUGAGGACUUGGUCAAGCCCAAUCCAGGCAGCGACAUGAAUGCAAGAAAGGACUACAUCACGGCCAAGUACAUCGAGAGGAGAUAUUCAAGGAAAAAGCAUGCAGAUAAUGCAGCAAAGCUUCACAGCCUUUGCGAGGCCGUCAAGACUAGAGAUAUUUUUGGAUUACUCCAAGCUUAUGCUGAUGGUGUGGAUCUCACUGAAAAAAUCCCGCUGGCCAAUGGACAUGAGCCAGAUGAAACGGCCCUCCAUCUUGCAGUCAGAUCUGUGGAUCGGACUUCUCUUCACAUUGUAGACUUUUUAGUUCAGAACAGUGGGAACCUGGAUAAACAGACAGGUAAAGGCAGCACCGCUCUGCACUACUGCUGCCUGACUGACAAUGCUGAGUGCCUCAAGCUCCUCCUGCGGGGGAAGGCGUCCAUUGAGAUAGCAAAUGAGUCGGGAGAGACUCCACUGGACAUCGCCAAACGCCUCAAGCAUGAGCGCUGUGAGGAGCUGCUGACCCAAGCCUUAUCUGGAAGGUUUAAUUCUCACGUUCACGUUGAGUAUGAAUGGCGAUUGCUCCACGAAGACCUGGACGAAAGUGAUGACGAUGUGGACGAGAAAUUGCAGCCUAGUCCCAACCGGCGGGAAGACCGGCCCGUCAGCUUCUACCAGCUGGGAUCCAACCAGCUUCAGUCUAAUGCUGCGUCUUUGGCCAGAGAUGCUGCAAACCUUGCCAAGGACAAGCAGAGGGGUUUUGUGCCCAGCAUCUUGCAGAAUGAGACCUACGGAGCCAUUCUGAGUGGCAGCCCACCUCCCACCCAGCCCACAGCCCCCAGCACCACCAGCGCACCCCCACUCCCCCCUCGCAAUGUUGGCAAAGUUCAGACAGCCUCCUCAGCUAACACACUGUGGAAGACAAACUCUGUAAGUGUGGACGGUGUGAGCAGGCAGCGAUCUUCGUCAGAUCCGCCAGCUGUCCAUCCCCCGCUGCCCCCUCUUCGAGUGACAUCGACCAAUCCCCUGACUCCCACGCCGCCCCCUCCUGUGGCCAAGACACCCAGUGUGAUGGAAGCCUUGGGUCAGCCGAGCAAGCCGUCUCAGCCUGGGAUCUCACAGAGCAAGCCCCCACCCCUGCCGCCCCAGCCACCGAGCCGCCUCCCUCAGAAGAAGCCUGCUCCUGGGGCUGAUAAGUCGACCCCACUGAUCAACAAAGGCCAGCCAAGAGGACCUGCAGUGGAUCUCGCUGGAACAGAAUCUCUGGGUCCUCCAUCCAACACUGCGGUCCUGCAGCCCCCUGCACCCAUGCCCAGGAAGUCACAGGCGACCAAGUUGAAGCCCAAGCGGGUCAAAGCGCUCUAUAACUGUGUGGCCGACAACCCAGACGAGCUCACCUUCUCCGAGGGGGAUGUGAUUGUCGUGGAUGGUGAAGAGGACCAGGAGUGGUGGAUUGGCCACAUUGAUGGAGACCCUGGUCGCAAAGGAGCAUUCCCUGUAUCAUUUGUGCACUUUAUUGCUGACUGAAUUGCUACUGAACAAAAGCAUUUAACAGUUACGUUCCUGUUUCAUUAUUGGUACCAAAACUCUUGCCAGAUAGCCAGUGUCAUGAAUUAUACUGUGGGGUAGCCCAUUUUUCUCUGAUACCACCUUUCUGUUUUAAAAACUCAAAGGAAAAUUUUAUAUGUAAGCAAAUUGUUUUUAUAAUUUGUGGUUUUCAUGAAACAUUGCUAUACUUUUAUUAGGAAAAACUGUAUUUCCUAAAAGGUGAACUGAAAAGUUAUUUUAGCUAAUAAUCAAGACCUUUCAACUACAGAAUUAGCUAAACCUAAAAAUGUUUAAGAGUAUCGGAAAUAAAUCCUUCCUGCUUUCCUUGGCUCAGUUCUGGAGUUGGUGACCUUUAGUGCAAUUAUUAUUUUAGGAAGCCAGUAAACUGCUGCUUCAGAAGCCCGUAGCCCAGCCCUGGACUUUCUCAAUAAAAUGCCAUCAACUCACCUUUAAAGACAUGUAUUCCUUUGAAAUCCACCCAAUGUCUAUUUAAAGCAACUUGGAAAUUUACUGAUUAGCAUUGUACUUUCUAGCCCUAAUUUGUGAGAUUGCAGCUGCCAUUAUAUUCUGCAUGUGUGUCUAUAACCUGUUGCUGUGAACAGUCAUGCUUAUAGCAUAUGGGAAUAGCAGUUAACUCAGUUCCAGGAGGUUACAUAAAACUGCAUUUCCUGAAUUUGGUUAAAAACUAAGGAUGAUGGAUUGCAAAACAGUUCUUUAAACUAGUUUAUAUGCUUUAGGUGUUUUGGAAUUUGCCUUCAUGAACUUCGCUAAUCACACAGAAAGCAACUAUAUACAAAUGGGAUACUGUGAUGCAGACCAGAUAUAUUAACACGUUACUUGCUGUUUCCUACCGAGUGUACGUACCACUGCUUCCCCUUCUAGAUCAUGAGAAUGUUUACUCAGUUUAGUGUAUUUAUAUAAUAUCCCAACAGGAAUGGUAGUUAUACUGUCUUGAAAUUUAAUGUCCAUUUGUUUGUGUCAUGAGCAUAUCAGCAAUCUCUAAGUCCCAGGUAAUAAAAUACUCCUAAACAUCCCAGUUUUACUGUUUAAGGCCAUCAUAUCAUUCAUAUACUUAAGCUGUUUGGGGGUGGGGGGAUUAGGUUGUAUGUGAUACAUUAGUUUAAUGAACUUGACUGUCAUACCUCUAUUUAGUAAUUGUGAGCAUAAGAUUCAUAGUAGGAAUAUUGGAAAUUUUGGCAUUCUUUGAGAAUAAAUAGGCAUAUGAUGCCCACUUGGAUUUUUAACAAAAGUUAAAGGAAUAAAUUUUAUAGGCUUGGAAAAUGAGGCAACAAUACUGAUUGCAUUUGCUAUGAUGGUACAUUUGAUUGAAGCAGCCUGUCUUUAUUAUACAAGACUCUUGUAAGUGUAGAGCUCUUGGGGGGCGGGGGAACAUUUUACUUUUUGUUUCUAUUGUAAAGGAAGACAGAAGACAGAACAAACUGGAAUGUUUUAUUAUGUAGUAUAGCGAUCACUUUUUGCCUUUCAAAGUUCUGGGUAAAAAUGUGUUAGAUCUGUAAUUAAACUCUUUUUUUAAAAGCACUACAUCUAUUUUCACUAAUUGUUAAUUUCUGUUGUUUGAACCCUUCAUUUAGUUAAUUUUCUUAUAGAUUUAAGAAAGUAAAUGAUGUAUUUUGCACAGUGCACUUCUUAUGUCUAUUUUAACAAUCCUCCUGCAUCUGUAUCUUACAGUCAGCCUUUUGACUACCUGGUGCCAGCUAUAUAAGGAGUAAAGUUGAUUCUUACCAAUAUUUGAACUCCAGUCCCAAACUAAUCUAUCGAGUUCACUGGUAUAUAAAUAUCUAGGAAAUAUUUUUCCAACCUACAAUUUGGUGGUGCUAUUGUGCAGUAAUUAAUAGUACUCUUUCCAUAGAAGAAAUUAUAUUAACUUCCCUGCUAAUAUCCUUUCCUAGUUAUUUGCUCUUUGCAAAUUAAAUAAAAGCAACCAAGAGAAAAGAAAACAUUGUAGAUAUCUAUUUAUAUUUAAAGUUUACGUUUCAUGAACUUCAGCUGCAGGAUUCUGGCAUUUUGCAUGCCAUUUUUCAUCAGAUCUGACUUCUAGGAUCAUGACUCAGAGAUACGUACACAGACUAAUAGAUCCUGUGUGAUCUGUUAAGGGGUGGGAUAACCAAAUGCAGCUUAGAAUGCUAUUUUGAGAUGUAUGAUAUUCAGUUCAUCACUUGAUUGCUUUGGUCUAGUUGCAGCGCAACUGUAUAUAUUGUACAACCUAAAUUGAUUCUUAUUUUCAUUGUCCUUAAUGCAGUGAUUUAUAAUUAGAGCAUGUUUAGUAAGUUUAC